ACUCACAUUAAAAUUAGGCGUAUUACGCACAAAUAUGUUUCAACGAUUGCUCUUACUGGUGGCAAUCGUUGCAGCUAUUCGAAGAGGAAUAUCAUAUGAUUAUGAAUCUCCACUUCACGUGAAUCACGAAUAUGUAGCUGAAAGUACUGAAAUGCUGCAUGGCUUGAUGGCAUUUGUAGAAGACAAUAAUGUUUACGAUGGUGCUACUGAGGACGAUGAUGAUGACGAUCCCGUGUCUGAGGCCUGUAAGGACGGCGAGGUCUUGCAGCUGAAUACCAACAAUUUUAAUCUGUUUACCCACACUGGAAGAUAUUUCAUCAUGAUCUAUAAGCCCCCACUCAGCUACAUGGCCGAUCAGGCAAAGAUAAAAUGGGCCAAACUGGCCCGGGAACUGAACGCCAAGGGCACCAUUUGCAUUUCGGACUUGGAUUGUAGUAAAUCGAAUGAAAUCUGUCACGAUCUGCAAAUCAGACCAAGUCCGACUUUCCUGUGGUACGAGAACGGCCGCAAAGUUCGCACCUACGAUGCCGAUACCGAGUUGGAGCAUUUGAAAAGCUUUGUCGAGAAAAUGAUAGCCUCGAAUGGUACUUUCAUCGAGAAGUCAGGAGCCAGAACAAGGUCUUAUCUGACGAUGAACCUUAUCACACUUGCCCUCAACUAUUUGGCCAUUAAGCUGCCAAUCUUAGUUCCAAAUUGAAUUCUAGACAAAUAAAAUCUGAUUGGAAUGGCUUUUAUUUACAAA